CGAGCGGGCCGGGCGACGCCGCAGGAGGUUCUGGAAACGCCGGGAGCGGCGCGUGUCCAGUUACGGAGACCUGAGGUAAUUAGCUAACUAAUUCAACCAACGACCCUUCUGUGCGCCAGAAGCUGCCAGGAGUUGCUAGCCCAAGGGGGCAGACGACUGGAAGAGCGGGAAAAGUCCAGGCCCAGUAUGAUGCUUCCCUCUCUGACCAUGAAACUCCAGGUGUCCACACUGCUGAUGGCCUGGUUUGGUGUCCUGAGCUGCGUGCARGCCGAGUUCUUCACCUCUAUUGGGCACAUGACUGACCURAUUUAUGCAGAGAAAGACCUGGUACAGGCUCUGAAGGAGUACAUCCUUGUGGAGGAAGCCAAGCUCUCCAAGAUUAAGAGCUGGGCCAACAAAAUGGAAGCCCUGACCAGCAAGUCAGCUGCUGACCCAGAGGGCUACUUGGCUCACCCUGUGAAUGCCUAUAAGCUGGUGAAGCGGCUGAACACAGACUGGCCUGCUUUGGAAGACCUAGUCCUGCAGGACUCAGCGGCAGGUUUUAUUGCCAACCUCUCAGUGCAACGGCAAUUCUUCCCCACUGAUGAGGAUGAGUCAGGGGCUGCCAAAGCUUUGAUGAGACUUCAGGACACAUACAAGCUGGACCCAGACACAAUUUCCAGAGGGGAUCUUCCAGGAACCAAGUACCAGGCCAUGCUGAGCGUGGAUGAUUGCUUCGGGAUGGGCCGUUCAGCCUACAAUGAAGGGGACUAUUACCACACGGUGCUGUGGAUGGAGCAGGUGCUAAAGCAACUUGAUGCUGGGGAGGAGGGGACUGUGGCCAAGGCCCAGGCGCUGGACUACCUGAGCUAUGCCGUUUUCCAGUUGGGUGACCUGCACCGUGCUGUGGAGCUCACCCGCCGCCUGCUCUCCCUUGACCCAAGUCAUGAGCGAGCCGGAGGGAAUCUGCGGUACUUUGAGCGGUUGUUGGAGGAAGAAAGGGAAAAACAGUCGCUAAAUCAGACAGAAGCGGUGCUAGAAACCCAGGGAGGCCUCUACGAGAGGCCAGUGGACUACCUGCCUGAGAGGGACGUGUAUGAGAGCCUCUGUCGUGGGGAGGGUGUCAAACUGACACCCCGGAGGCAGAAGAGGCUUUUCUGUAGGUACCACCAUGGCAACAGGGUACCACAGCUGCUCAUCGCCCCCUUCAAAGAGGAGGACGAGUGGGAUAGCCCGCACAUCGUCAGGUACUACGAUGUCAUGUCUGACGAGGAAAUCGAGAGGAUCAAGGAGAUUGCAAAACCCAAACUUGCACGAGCCACAGUUCGUGAUCCCAAGACCGGUGUCCUCACUGUUGCCAGCUACAGGGUUUCCAAAAGCUCAUGGCUAGAAGAAGAUGAUGACCCUGUUGUAGCUCGAGUAAAUCGUCGGAUGCAGCACAUCACAGGGUUAACAGUAAAGACUGCAGAAUUAUUACAGGUUGCAAAUUAUGGAAUGGGAGGACAGUACGAGCCGCACUUUGACUUCUCUAGGCGACCUUUUGACAGCGGCCUCAAAACGGAGGGGAAUAGGUUAGCGACGUUUCUUAACUAUAACCAUGAACAAGAUGUUUUCAAGCAUUUAGGGACUGGGAACCGUGUGGCCACAUUCUUAAACUACAUGAGUGAUGUAGAAGCUGGUGGUGCCACUGUCUUCCCUGAUCUGGGGGCUGCAAUUUGGCCUAAGAAGGGCACAGCUGUAUUUUGGUACAACCUUUUGAGGAGCGGAGAAGGUGACUACCGAACGAGGCAUGCAGCCUGCCCCGUGCUCGUGGGCUGCAAGUGGGUCUCCAAUAAGUGGUUCCAUGAACGAGGACAGGAGUUCUUGAGGCCUUGUGGAACAACAGAAGUUGACUGACAUCCUUCUCUGCCCUUCUCCUUCUGGCCCCACAGCCCAAGUCAUCUUCCAGCUCAGCAUGACAGAUCCCUUUGUAUGUUCCAACUCCUAUCAGGCGGGUCUUUGGAAGAGUCAAUGUUUGUUUGGCGUGGAGAGAGUGUACUGGGCUGGGUCCUGCGUGACCUCAGUCCCAGCCUCUGCAUUCAGCCUGUGCCCUCUCUGGCCCCAAAGAUAGCAUUGGAACAGCUGCAGCAGAGCCAGGCUGUCUAGCACCUAGCAAGGUGCCUUUGUACCUCAGAUGUUUUAGAUGUGAGAUGUUUCAUUGAACCAAAGUUCUGAUACCUUGUUUACAUGUUUAUUUUUAUGRUAUUUUUAUCAGUUGUGAUUUUAACCAAAAAAAUAAAAUAUCCCUGCCGGAAGCCUUAAAGAGCCUUAUUUGGAAUAUUCUUUUAAGACCUGGGAGCUUUUACCAUAUUCCCCAUUUUGUAUGUGUUGCCUUGGUGCAGGCCGAGUCU